GGAAAACAAAGGGGCAUGUACAGAGCUGCAGGGCUGUAAGUAGGUGGUGCAUGUAAGGUAGGUGAGAAGGACCUGGGGCUAGAGGAAAGCAGCUGCUGCAGGGAGGAUUGAGUGGCUGUGCAACGGAGUGCAGGGAACCCAGUGUCUGGAGAGUGGCCAUCAAGAAGAGCAAGAAGACAAGACGUAGGCAGGUUGGGACUGAGAGACACCGUGCUUUGCUUUCAUCUGCAUGACCACUGUGGUAACCAGACCCACUGUCUACUGUCAUCUUCCCUCCUUCAAGCAAUCUACACCUGCCAGCCAGCAUCUGCUCCAUCCCUGUGCUGGGGAGCACACACCCUGUGCUUUGUCUCUCCCUCCAAUGGGACCAAGGAGGGUAGCUAAGAAAUACAGCUGUUGCUCAGCAGCUCCUUCUCCCCCAAGGAAGACAACGUAAGCUAUCUGCACCAGCCUCCUGGUUGUUCUCUGCACGGCUGGAGGUGCUUCUACCCUGACUUAUUCCAGGCUCAGCCUGCAGAUCUUAUCCCUGCACAAGCCUCCGAAACCUCCAUUUCAGAGAAGAAAAACCCCAUUGUACGGGGUGCACUGACACAUCGCAGCAGGACAGCACAGGACAAAGGUCGAGCUGAAGGGAUAUGGCACCACAUUAUUGAUCGCUGAGACAACCUUGAGCUUGGAUGCCCCUGAUGGAGGCUGGGGAACAAGAGGAAGAUGCUAACUCCUUCUCAAAGGACAAGUGUGAGACUAACUCACGUGACUGCCUCCGCUACGUGCCCAUUGGGAUAACCUUUCUUCUGCUGGCUGGAGCUGCUGCAGCAACCUGGUAUUUCCUAGACUACAGACCAUGGCACCUGGAACCGGCUAUCCUGCAGUAUUACUGUGGCAGCCUCCAGGUCCUCAAUCGCCAGUACUCCCCAGACCUUGGGCAGGUGGAGUCCAGAGCCUUCUGGUUGGAGUCAGCUAAGCUCCAGAAGAUGCUGAAGGAACUGAUUCGUGCCACAGAGCUGGGUCGAUAUUACAACUCGAGCACAGUGUAUGCCUUUGGGGAGGGGGCUCUGACCUUCUUCUUCUGGUUUGCCCUCCAAAUCCCUGAGAGUCAGCAGCAGGAGAUGACUGCCGAGAGGGUAAACACAGUGCUCCACCAGGAGCUCUCCACCAGCUUCAACAGCUCGGGCAGCCUGUCCUACCAGACAGAGUACACGGUCAACCCUGACUCACUGGUUCUGCUGGAAUCCAGUGUGAAAGACAUAGUAGUGCUGAAAUCCACUCUGGGUUGCUACAGGUACAGCUAUGUCCAAGAGGAUGACGUCCUAAGGCUGGAGGGCCCUGACUACCUGGCCUCCAGUUGUCUUUGGCACCUCCAUAGCCUCAAGGGCUACAUGAUCAAGCUGCACCUGGAGUGGACUCUGACGGACUGCAGGGACCGCCUGGCUAUGUACAACGCAGCCGGGCCCCUGGAGAAACACCUCAUCACCUCGAUCUAUGGCUGCAGCCGGCAGGAGCCCAUUGUGGAAGUCCUUUCAUCUGGCCCUGUCAUGUCCAUCGUGUGGAAGAAAGCCAUGUACAGCUACUAUGACCCUUUCAUCCUCUCAGCGCAGGCAGUGCCCCUCAAAGCCUGUGAAGUGAACAUAACCCUGCGGGAGAGCCUGGAGCUGCAGGGGAAGAUCGGCACCCCACACUACCCCAGUUACUACUCACCCAACACGCAGUGUACCUGGCACAUGACGGUCCCAUCCCUCAACUAUGGGGUCACCUUGUGGUUUGAUGCCUACUCGCUCAGCAGACAGAAGCACGACCUGCCCUGUACCCAAGGCCAGUGGAUAAUUCAGAACAGAAGGUUGUGUGGUCUGCGGACCCUGCAAGCCUACGCUGAGCGGAUCUCAGUCACAUCUUCUGCUGAUAUCACCAUCACCUUCACCUCACAGAUCUCCUUAACUGGCCCCGGCGUACAGGCAGCUUACAGCCUUUACAACCAAUCUGACCCGUGUCCCGGGGAGUUCCUGUGUUCUGUGAAUGGUCUGUGUGUCCCAGCCUGUGACGGGAUCAAGGACUGCCCCAAUGGGCUGGAUGAGAGAAACUGUGUGUGCCCUGCAAAGUUCCAGUGCCGUGAAGACAGCUCUUGCAUCGAGUUCAGCAAGGUCUGCAACCUGCAGGUGGACUGUGCCAACGGGAGUGAUGAGGAGCAGUGCAGUGAAGAGGUCCCCUGCAGUCCCUUCACCUACCGCUGUGAGGAUGGGACCUGUGUGAAGAAACCCAACCCUGUGUGUGACUCCACUGCAGAUUGCAAGGACCUGUCCGAUGAGAAGAGCUGUGACUGUGGGCUCCAAGCCCCUCUCAGCAGGAUCGUGGGGGGUAAGAAUUCCGUGGAAGGGGAAUGGCCAUGGCAGGCCAGCCUGCAAGUUCGGGGGCGCCACAUCUGCGGGGGAACACUUGUUGCUGAUCGCUGGGUGGUUUCAGCCGCGCACUGCUUCCAGGAUGAGAGGCUGGCCUCUGCCUCCAUCUGGACAGUUUACCUGGGGAAAUACUUGCAAAAUGCCACCAGCCACACCGAGGUGUCCUUCAAGGUGAUCCGCCUCUUCCUCCACCCUUACUACGAGGAGGACAGCCAUGAUUACGAUGUGGCCCUGCUCCAGCUGGACCAUCCUGUUAUCAUUUCACCCUUAAUCCAGCCCAUCUGCUUGCCUGCUCCUUCUCACUUCUUUGAGCCUGGCCUUCACUGCUGGAUCACUGGCUGGGGAGCCCUCAAGGAAGGCGGGCACAUCAGUAAUGUUCUGCAGAAGGUGGACGUGCAGCUCAUCCAGCAGGACAUCUGCAGCGAGGCCUAUCACUACAUGAUUUCACCCAGGAUGCUGUGUGCUGGGUACCACAAGGGCAACAAAGAUGCCUGCCAGGGUGAUUCUGGAGGUCCCCUGGCCUGCAAGGAACCCAGUGGCAGGUGGUUUCUGGCUGGUUUGGUCAGCUGGGGAAUGGGAUGCGCACGUCCAAAUCACUAUGGAGUCUACACCAGGAUCACCCAAGUGCUGGCCUGGUUGAACCAAACCAUGAGUUGAGAAAAGUGCAUCUCUGCCUUCUCGCCAUGAGACCUACACCCACAUUGCACUCAUUCCUGAUCUUGCUCACUUGCCUCUCAGAGAAGGAGAGUUUCUAUGUAGGAUGUUGUCAGACCCAGGACGGUGCCAUGGGAGUUGUGGAGAAAACCAGGCAAACCUUCUUCCCUCUUAGUGCUUCCCAGGGAGCAUCCCAAGGUGUUUUUAGGCCAUCCAUCCAAAAGGGGGGGGGGGGGGGGCUGUGCAUGUGACACAACACACAGCAGCAGUCCAAGUUGAUGGAAUAAGGGGAGUUGAACUUUCCAUGAACCAUGUGAUCCAGCUGCAAUCUUAUGCUGGAACAUUUGCUGAAAGAAAAAUGUGACUGAUGUAGUUAGAGAUUCCAGUAACUGUGAAAUCAAUCUGUCUCCCUCUUCCUUCCUGCUGCUCAUCCUUCUUCCCCCUUACCCUCCCAUCACUCCUCCUCUUCCAUCUCCCUAAUUGCUUCUUUUCUUAGCCUGCGCGUGCUGCUCAGUGUGCUGCUCAGCUCAACCAGGCAGCUCUUCACAUCUCGCUGACUCCCAGGCAUGAGUCCAGCAUCACACCCCCAGGCACGUGUCCUGCCUCCCUGCUGGAGCAGCACCCAGCCUCUGCUGCUGCGCUUUCCCCAGGGAAAUGCCCAUCAGAGCAGCCUCCCAUCCCCUUCCCUCUGUCCUUCUAAAUACAUUUAAUGUGAGGGCGCCUCAACUGCUUCCAUCUCCUAACUCAAGAGAAUCCAGGAAGUGAAGGAGAAGGCUUCAGUGCUGAAACAGUAACUGCUAUGGGUUUGAUUUUUUUUACCAAAGAUAUAUAUAUGUGUGUGUAUAUUUACAAUGGGCCACUCUCUGAAAUUAGAAAUAAAAAUAAUUCGAGGG